GUCUGCUACUGUCGUCUGCAACGCAUCUCUGACACACACGUGAGAACUUCUGUGUUUCCUAGAAGGGAAAACUUGAAUAUUAAUUUUAUAUUAUUUUCAUUUUAAUUUGUUUAUUACAGUAAUAUUAAGUAGUACCUGACACUUGAAAUGGGUAGAAAGAUCCCAGCGAAAAAACAUCAUGGAGUCAAAGAUCCAGAGAAGCAAGCUGAACGCCGGCACGCCAAAAUCAAGUUGAAAAUUAACGAGGCGCCAAUCAACAUCGAUGAUCAAGAAAUUCCCAAAAAACUAAAAGAUCUAUUUCAGAAGAAAAAAUUCAAGAAAGUGAAGUUAAUUGAUGACGAGCCUCAGCCAAAAGCCAAAGGAGAGAAUUCUGAAGUAAACAAGUUUAAACCUCAACGCCCCAUAAAGAAGAUUCCUAAAUUUGAAAGAAUUGAAGGAGAAACUGACCGUGAGUUCCUUUGGAGAACCGAGUUAACUACGAGAACCUAUUUAAAGAAGGCAAGGUUUGAGGACAAGUACGAUGUUGAUGUGGAAACAAAUGACAAGACUGGUGAAGUUGAUAUCAAGAAAAGGGAAAAGAAAAUAAUUGACACCAGCCUUAAAAUUGAACCUACUAACAAAUGGCAAAAGAAGAAACUAAAGAAAUUGGAAAAGCUGCAAAGUGAACGAGAAGAAAGAAAGAAGUUGAAGAAAGAAAAGUUCAAAGAGAGAAAACUCUACAAGAAGAAUAAAGGAAAGAAACAAGACGAUUUCUCGGUUCUGAAGCAGGACAAGGUGGAAUUCGGGGACGUUGUGGAACAACCCCCUACACUCACAGCUAAACCGAGAAAAUCUACUGCGAUGCUUAAACCUGGAACUCGAAACCUACUCCUCAAAAAUUUAGAAGGAAACGACAUCAAGCCUUCAUCCAAUCUGAGUGGCAAACGAAAACUUCUUUCAGGGUUAGAUAGGCUAAAAUUAGAAACUGAACGUGAAAGAGUUGUAGAAAUUUACCGAAAAAUGCAAGCACUUAAAAAUGCUAAUAACGCCUGAACAUUUAAAAUCAAUAAAAAACAUUUUGACGAG